UCGUUUCGAGAAGAAUGAUCCCUAGAGGCGUUCUUCUGUGGGCGUGCGCCGUCCUCUGGACGGCAGCGCCGGGGCAUGCACAGCAGCAAGGUUGUGUCACGCAGGCCGAUGUGACAUUCAUUCUUGAUUCCUCGAACACUGUCGGACAAAAUAACUUUGAUAAACAGAAAGACUUUGUGAAGCACGUGGUCGGUGGCCUUCAGGUGGACCCUAACAGUGUCCGGGUCAGUACCGUCACCUUCAACGAUGUGGUCCAUAACCAGUUCUACCUCAACCAGCACAAUACGCAGAGUGACGUCAUCAACGCGCUCUCGUCUGUGCCGUACACGGGUGGUAGCGCGCACACGGCUGACGCGAUACAAUACGUAUCACGACAAUCGUUCAACACGCUGCACGGAGGACGGACAAACGUGCCCCACAUCGCCAUACUGGUUACGGACGGACCGUCCAUCACCCCAGACAUCACCAAGUUCGAGGGACAGAACGCCAAGGACAAAGGCAUCAUUAUGUACAGCGUUGGCGUCGGCGGUGGCGUCGACAGGGACGAGCUCACGUCGAUCGCUAGCGACCCGAAGUCGCGCUACAUGAUGACGGCCGAGAACUACGACUCGCUCAACAGCAUCUCAAACCUCCUCGCCUCUAAAAUCUGUAAUGAGCUCCCACCAAAUCCCAACACAAUGCCAGCGCCAAGCAGCUGCCUCCAGAAUCCUGCUGACGUCGUCUUCAUGGUCGACUCCUCCAGUAACGUUGGUAACAUCAACUUCAUGAAGAUGCAGAACUUCAUCAAGAACACCGUGGCCGACAUGAACAUACAGCCCAAUGGCGUUCACGUGGGUCUGAUGCAGUACAGCAGUUAUCCGUCCUCUCAGUUCCCGCUUACACAGUACACAAACCGCGGCGACGUCCUAAAGGCUGUGGAACAACUCUCCUUGAUAGGCGGCGGCUCUAACACCGCCGACGCAAUCUCCUACACACGUGACCACAUGUUCUCCCAGAGCGAGGGUGGACGAUCCAACGUACCCAGAAUUGCCAUUUUGUUGACUGACGGCGACUCCAACGACCAGUCGUCUGCAAUCGCUGCUGCCAACAAAGCAAGGGAUGCUAGUAUCGGGCUUAUCUCCGUCGGCGUCGGAAGCCGCGUGAACCAACAGGAACUGGCCGGAAUCUCGCCGUCAAACGUCCUUACCGUGAAUAGCUUCGACCAGCUGGAUUCUAUCAAAAACACACUGCUCCAGAAAAUGUGCGGAGUGAAGAGCACCUUCGACUUCAACGCCGUGAGCACUGGUUCCUGCGCCGAUAAACUGGGCAACUGUGCCGCCUACGGACGAACAGUGUGCACCAACUACCAAACAUGGGCAAACGCCAACUGCCAGGCCUACUGUGGGAUUUGUACAUACAAGUACCAGCCAUCCCUACCCACCUGUACAGAUAAAGUGACUAACUGCGCUGCAGUCGGAUGUACCAGUCAAGUUCAGUGGGCACGAGACAACUGUAAACUCACCUGUGGAUACUGCGGAGUUGGAUCAAGCAGCAGCAGCAGUGCUAUAGGUUUCUAUGGCCGCUGUGCAUACAAGGGACAGACCUACUCUACAGGAGAAAAGUGGACAGAUGGCUGUGACUAUGAAUGUGUUUGUCAGGAUGGAAACUCGGGCAAAUAUAACUGCUAUAACAGGUGCCCAGUGUACUAUGACCUGCCCGCCCUUUGUACUUUGGUGAGGAAGCCUGGAGAGUGCUGUCUUCAACCCACCUGUAACUUCGCCUCCAAUGUCCAGACUUUCGAACAGAACAGUGCUGGAGUGACAUCCGAGGGAUACAGGGUGUGUGAAUACAAGGGAAAGCAGUACUUCCAGCGUCAGACCUGGAAGGAUGGAUGUGACUACCAGUGUACUUGUAUGGAUUCCUCUACCGGUCAUUACAGAUGUGAACAACUGUGCCCCUCCUACAACGCCCUGCCCGCUUACUGUAACCUGGUCCAGACACCUGGCCAGUGCUGUCAGCAGCCUGUGUGUGAAUUCAGCCAGCAGCAUGGAAGCUUCAAUGGAGAGGGUUUUAUCAGUGGACAGGGAGCCGGUGCCACCUAUACACCACCUGAAGCCUGUAGAGAUACCCUGACUAACUGUCAGCAGUAUGACAAAAACUCAUGCACAGCCUACCCACAAUGGGCUCAGACUAACUGUAAACUCACCUGUGGUCUAUGUAGUACAACCAACCAACUGACAGCUGCCGGAGCAGGAGAUCACUGUGUGUACCAGGGUAAAUCUUACAACCAGAGUGAGAGCUGGAGCCCCACAUGUUCCCUCAAGUGUACCUGUGAGGCAGCCAAGUAUGGCUACUACAGAUGUGUGUCACAGUGCCCAACGUAUAACAACUUACCUAGUGGCUGUAAUGUACGCAAGCCUGUGGGUUACUGCUGUGAUGUAGUCGAGUGCCAGACAGGCUCAGCAUUCUCCUCUUCACAAAACAUCCACUCCAUUGGAAAUGGUGGUGGUUUCCAUAUCAUCAACCCUGCCCAAGGACUGUACCCUGCCCCCACUGCAUACUCUGGAGGUCCCAUCUCUGUAGGGGCUGGAGGCACUGGAUUCCAACCUAACGCUAUCAAUGGCUGUCUAUUUAAUGGCCAAGUUUACUACCAGAACCAGCCGUUUGACGAUGGCUGCACACGGUCAUGUGUGUGUCUCAACGCUACCAGUGGACAGUACUCCUGUCGGGAUAAGUGCCCAGUGUACCAGAACAUGCCAGCCUCAUGUGUCCAGGUAACCGAUCCUAACGACCCAUGUUGUACACGCCCCAAGUGUAACCCAGACCCAGUCACCGGCCAAAUGCCAAACCCGAUACCAGUUUUCCAGCCUGGUAUCACUGCCAUCGGCCAAGUGCAGCCCCCUGUCCCAGGGUCUGGCAGCAACUCAUUCCAGCUACCAUACUCUGGAUAUGUUAUUCUUAGUCAGACAGGAUUUGUACCACCACCACCAACAGUUCCCGCAGGAAUAUCAAAACAAGGUUAUUGCGUGUCUAAAUCUGGUCAACAUUAUUCCCCUGGAGAAUCUUGGGAGGAGGGAUGUGAGUACAACUGUAUCUGUGAUAAUGGUCUCACCGGCCACUACACCUGUGUAGAGAAGUGCUACAAAUAUGAAUAUGUGCCCAACCCCUACUGUCAAUUUAUCCAAGACCCCAUGAACCCCUGCUGUGUUGUGCCUCGGUGCUACGCUGUCCCUCAUGGAGUAGAAUUCACUGGCCUGAGGACCACACCACUCACCAAAUCGAACGUGUGUAACUAUGAAGGGGAGACGUAUCAGCAAGGACAAACCUGGUAUGAUGGCUGUAGUUACAAGUGUACCUGUGAGGAUGCUGUCAAUGGCAUCUAUCGCUGUACUAGCAGGUGCCCCGAUUAUCUUGACCCUCCUGCUGGCUGCACACUGAUAUCAGACCCCCGUGACCCAACCUGCUGUAGGAUGCCCAAAUGUAAUCCCCCUGGCAACAUAAACAACAUCACUGGCAAUGGCCAGGUCAUUCCCAACCCCAUCCCACCAGCAUCCUACUACGGCAAGGUCACAGGAGAAGGCAAAGUCCCAGGCUACUGUAUCUACAAGGGAACCCAGUACGCUAAAGGUCAGAUCUGGGAGGAUGGAUGUGAUUUGACUUGUGAAUGUAAGGACUCCGAGACUGGAGUCUACCAAUGUACAGACAGGUGUCCGAGAUUCACUGGUCUUCCUUCUUACUGUCGACUGGUCAAUGACUUCGCUAAUCCAUGCUGCAAGAAGCCUGUGUGUAAUGUACCCGGUUCUACAGGAGGCGUUGAUGGACAGCACCCAGUCAACCCCAGUGCUUCCCCCUCACCAACACCUGCUCCCAACCCACUUCUCCCUGGAACACUAUCUCCAGCAAGUCAAUACUGUGUAUACAAGGGUGCUAACUACAUCCAGGGACAGACGUGGGAGGAUGGCUGUAACUACAAGUGUCGCUGUGACGACUCCAGCCGUGGUAUCUACACCUGUCUGGAGAGGUGUGCCAAAUUUGACCAAGUAAAGCCUGGCUGUACACUGAUUUCCGACCCUGAGGAUGGCUGUUGUCUGGUGCCUGUCUGCCCUCAACCCACUCCUGGCCCGGGACAAACCAACCCUCCAGGCCCCACACCUGUUCCAACUAUCCAAACCCAUAGCUUCACUGGACAAGUUCACUUACCAACACCCAAGCCAGUUCCAGGACAACCACUUCCUACACCAAAGUAUCCUCUUGGUUACUGUUACUACAAGGAAAACACGUACACACAGGGCCAGACCUGGGACGAUGGCUGUGAUUACACCUGUGUAUGUACCAAUGCCUCCACAGGGUCCUACAAGUGCAACAGCAAGUGUCCACGAUAUGGUGAUCUGCCUAGCAACUGUCGUAUGGUCAAGGAUCCAACCAACCCUUGCUGUAAAACAACAGAGUGUUAUAACAACCCUACUCCUGCCCCUACCCCAGGAAACUCACCCAUCCCAGGGAACUCGCCAAAUCCUACACCACACACUGGAGGAUUCACUGGAACAGGACCCCUAGGUUCCCCAACACCAGGUCCUAAUCCUACCCAAGGCCCGAUACCAUCGCAAUCACCUCAAGGACCUUUCAUACCUGUCGCUACCCCAGCUCCACUCCCGAAAAAUGUGUGUGUGUACAAGGGUAAGAGCUACACCCAGGGACAACAGUGGUAUGACGGCUGUGACUUUACCUGUAUCUGUGAGGAUGGCACCUCAGGUGUUUACAGGUGUAACAACAGGUGUCCUCAGUAUCCUCGGCCAGCUGCAGCCUGUACCAUGGUACCUGACCCAAGCGAUCCUUUGUGCUGUAAGAAGCCCAGUUGUCCCACCAGUCCGAACCAGCUAUUCCAGACAGAGUCACCUGCUCAGGUGGUCGGCGGUGUUGUCACGCCCAGACCAACUCGCCCCACCAACCCACCAGUCAGUUAUACUAACCCACCAAACACUGGGACUAAUUCACCACAGGGUACAUACGUACCAAUCCCUGGCCAAACCCGGCCAACAAAUCCACCAGUGAACCCAACGUUUAACCCUCUCAUCCCGACACCACAGCCACCACUUAUAGCCACCACACCGGCUCCUAUCUACAGAGAGAAUUUGUGUGUUUACAAGGGAAAACAGUACGCAACUGGUCAAAGAUGGCAGGACGGCUGCAGCUAUGACUGCAUCUGUGAAGAUGGCAAAACUGGUCUCUACAAGUGUAAUGAGAAGUGUACCAAGUAUACUAACCUAAAGCCAGGCUGUCAGCUGGUACGAGACAUGUACAACCCCUGUUGUAUGAAGCCAUACUGUGCCCCAACAGAUCAGCCUCCUGUCAUCACCAUCACACCUCCCCCAGGCCAAGUCGUAACCAACAAGCCAAAGAACUGUAUGUACAAUGGUGUCAUGUACAAGCCAGGCCAGACCUGGGCUGAUGGCUGUGACCUCAACUGUAUAUGUGAGGACGGCAAAACUGGGUUCUACAGAUGUUCUGACAGGUGCCCCCAAUAUGGUGCCCUACGACCCGGAUGUGUAAUGGAGACUAGUCCUAAUGACCCCUGCUGUCGUCGCCCCAAGUGUAACCCUGACCUGAUGGUCCAGCCUACCUUGCCCUUCGUUGCACCAACCCUGCCACCUGGUGUGACUGGUCCAGUUCCCACUCCCAAACCAACGCCCAUCAACCCUGAUAUCUACACCAACCCACCCCCAAUCAUCACCGGUAUCGGCAAGCCCAAGGACCAGUACAAGUGCCAGUACAAGGGAAUUGUAUACAACACUGGUCAGACAUGGCAGGAUGGAUGUGACUUGAACUGUGAAUGUAUUGAUGAACACACUGGCCGAUACAGAUGUGUCCAGAGGUGCCGUGCCUACAAUGUAGUGUCACUACCCCCGACCUGUAAUCUGGUAGUGGAUCCUAAGGAUCAGUGUUGUAAGGUGCUGCAGUGUGUGAAACCCAUCACUCCUGCUCCUACACCAUUUGUACCAAUCGGUACCCCGGGCGUUGGCACAGGACCCAUUCAAAGUGGAACACGUCCACCCUACACAGGAGCCCCCACACCCAGACCCACUCCAGGACAAACCUACCCGCCUAGCUACACAGGAACCUACCCACCAAACUAUACCCCAGGACAAUACUACCCACCUGGCUACACAGGAACCUACCCACCGAACUAUACCCCAGGACAAUACUUCCCACCUGGCUACACAGGAACCUACCCACCAAACUAUAGCCCACCACCAAGUUAUAGGCCUAACUUCACCCCUCGACCAACGCCAGCUCCUACACCUAAACCAAAAGUGUGUGUAUACGAGGGCAACACCUACACAGAAGGUCAGCAGUGGUAUGGAGGUGGAUGUAACCUGAAGUGUUUCUGUGAAGAUGGCUCUACCGGUUACUACAGAUGUGUACAGAGGUGUGCUGCUUAUCCCAACCUGCCAUCCAGCUGUACCUUUGUUCCUGACCCGAAAGAUCCAACAUGUUGCCAGAUACCAAAGUGUUAUCCUGGCACUGGAGGAAAUUCCACACCUAACCCCAGCUCUGGGCCAGUCCUCAUUACAGGUAUCCCAGGAAAGGUCACUGGGUUCGGUCAGACAACGCGACCAACAGUAGGUCUACCAACAUCUCCAAACCCGUAUAAUCCUAACUUCUCACCAACACCAGGAGUCAACACUCCCAUACCAUAUUCUCCAAUGCCAGGAGUUUCCACACCAAAGCCAACACCAGGUCCAAGUCCCAGUCCUACUCCCAGUGUGUCACCAGCUCCACAUGUGUGUCUAUACAAGGGCACUGCCUAUCAGACUGGACAGAGAUGGCAAGAUGGCUGUCAGUACAAUUGUGUAUGUGAGGACGGCAUGACCGGCAAAUAUGUCUGUACAGAGAGGUGCUCUGUGUUCCCACAACUGCCUCGCCAGUGUCAUUUACAGAGGGAUCCCAAGGACUACUGCUGUAUGGUUCCAUCGUGUGACUACCAGCCUACGACCACACCAGCACCAACAAUGUUCCCUCCCAACACCAACAACCCACCAGGGACCGGACCCACCGCCUCUCCUCGACCCAACAACACACCACCAACAGCUUUCUGUCUGUACAGUGGUGUGCCUUACCUGCAGGGACAGACAUGGGAUGCUGGGUGCACGAAGAAAUGCAGAUGUGACGAAGCUUCCAAAAACAUCUAUACAUGCUUUGACAGGUGUGCAAGUUUCCCAGAUUUGCCACCAGGAUGUACAAUGGUCACCGAUUCUAAUGAUCCCUGUUGUCAAGUUCCUCAAUGCAACAACAUGCCGACUGCAGCCCCCACCCCAUAUGUGCCUGGAGGCAACAACCCGACUCCUGCUCCAUCCCUCCACCCUACACAAUUUCCCCCGACCCUCCCAGGAGGUCAGCCUGUACCAACAGACAGUCCAAACCUCCACCCCUCAGCUUCACCCACUCCUCAAGGACAGACCACUCCAAAUCCCUAUGCAGUACCUACUCUUCCAGGAGGUGUGAUUAUUGGAGGAAAACCAACCCCCGGACCAGGUGGGAGCAACCCGGUACCCAACCCGGGCUCCAAGACAAGCAAAUGUGAAUACAAGGGAGGUUUGUAUAGCACUGGUGACCAUUGGGAUGAUGGUUGUGCCUACAAAUGCGAGUGUAUUGAUGAAGUAUCGGGACGAUAUGCCUGCACGGAAAACUGCCCACGUUUCUCCAAACUACCAGUAGGCUGCUACAUGGUACAAGAUACUAAACGGCCCUGUUGUAAGAUCCCAUACUGUCCCCCACACAACAGUCCCAGUCCUAACCCUCUUCUGCCCACCACCCUGCCCCCAACUCCAGCCCCAACUGGACCCAACGGCAAGACUUUGUACCCGCCCCGUAUCACCACACCAGGUGUUCCUACCCCAGCACCAACACAGGCACCAAGAGAGGGAUGUAUCAUGAAUGGCAAGCUUUACACCCAAGGACAGACUUUCUAUGAUGGCUGUCAACAGAUCUGUGUGUGUGAAGAUGGCAAGACUGGUCAUGUUUCCUGUAGAGAAAGAUGCCCUCAGUAUGAUACCAAAAACCUGAGUCCUAUGUGUAUUAUGGUACCAAGCCCCCAGGACCCACAGUGCUGCAAGUUUCCCAAGUGUGAGGGUAUCAACACACAGAUGCCACCUGUUAUCAUUGGCCAGAACACCCCGACACCUCCGUCUACCAACUCUGUCAUCCUGACACCGCCCCCAGGCCAGACCUACACCAACAAUCCUGUCACAGAACAACCUCCUCCACAGGUGUGUGUGUACAAGGGAAGACAGUACAGUCAGGGACAAAGAUGGCAGGACGGCUGUGACUAUACUUGUGAGUGUGUCGACUCUAGUAUUGGUCGCUACAAGUGUGUGCAGAGAUGUACCAACUUGGUUAAUGUGCCACUGAACUGUCAGCUGAAGUUCAACCCCCAAGACCCAUGCUGUCCUACCCCUGACUGUGGAUCAGUACCUACACCAGGUCCAGGAUCCACUUUCCCACCAGGAUUCAAUCCAACACCAAAGCCCAACCCUCAACCAGAUUACUGUAUCUACAAUGGUGUACCAUACCCUCAGGGCCAGAGCUGGGACGUAGGCUGUGAGAAACGUUGCGUCUGUGAAGAUGCCAAGACUGGCUUAGUCAACUGUAAUGAGAGGUGCCCCAACUACCCAGCCCUACAUGACGGUUGUCGGUUACUGACAGACCCCAAUGACCAGUGUUGCCAGGCACCACUGUGUAUCAACCCCAACCCAACUAACCCUUACCAGGUGGUGACAGGACCCAAGGGAACCUUCACAGGAGGAGCCCCAGUAAACCCAAACAGCCAGCCAGGUUUACCUUUCAACUCACAGCGCAAUACAUGUGUGUACCAUGGUAAGACCUACCAACAGGGUGAUAAAUGGGAUGAUGGAUGUUUGUACCAGUGCGAGUGUGCCGACGCCUCCACAGGCAGGUACAAGUGUACUGAAAGAUGUCAGAGAAAUCCCCAGGUGCCAUCAUACUGUACUCUGGUACAAGAUCCUAAGGAUAACUGCUGCCAGGUGCCCUACUGUCCAAUCCAACAGACACAGCCCCCUGUCACUGGCAAUAACCCCCAUCCUACCCCUGGUGGCAACAACCCCAAUCCUACCCCUAGUGUCAAUAACCCAUUCAACCCCUACAACCCACAACAGCCAAUCCCUGGACAGCCAGGAACCUUCACCUCCCCAAAUAUGUGUGUAUACAACGGCCAGGUGUACCGUCAGGGCCAGCAGUGGUAUGAUGGCUGUAACCUGAUCUGUCGCUGUGAGAACUCCACCAUGGGUUUCUACAGGUGUCAACAGAGAUGUAGCAAAUUCAACAACCUACCCUCAGGAUGUACUCUGACAGCUGACCCCAAGGAUCCCCAAUGUUGUCAGGUGCCUCAGUGCCCCCUCCCACAGCCAUCCCAGGGUGUCAGUCCCACCCCAGGGCUUGUGUACCAGCCCACACCAGUUUAUGGUGGAAUUGAAGGAUUUGGUCAUCCACCAACCCCACAACCUACUCCACAGCCAACAAUGAUUGGACCUAAUGGAAUACCGGUACCUGUAACCUUACCACCAGGUCAAACUCUCCAACCUACUCCAGCCCCUACACCAGGGUGUCUAUACAAGGGUCGAAUCUACUCCAAGGGACAGAUGUGGGAUGAUGGCUGUCAGUACCACUGUGAAUGUCUUGAUGACAUGACAGGAAGAUACAAGUGUACAGAGAGGUGUAACAAGUACCCCAAUCUACCACAAUACUGUACCCUGGUGAAGGACCCACGGAACCCUUGCUGCCCUGUGCCAUACUGUGACCAGACACACACCAAUCAGCCCAUCCAGACAGUCCCGCCACAGUACCAACCAUUCACAAAUCCAACUACACCCAACCCCUUCGUCAUUCAGCCCCAGACUAAUCCACCUAUCGGAGGUAGCCGCCCCCCACAGACUGCCACCAGCGGAUACUGUGUGUACAAUGGAGUCUACUAUAAGCAAGGCGAGUCAUGGAGUGAUGGCUGUAAACGCACAUGUACCUGUGAUGACAGUUCCCAGGGACUGUACAGUUGUAAGCAGAGAUGUCCAACAUUUGACGCUCUACCAAACACAUGUCGUCUGAUUGCUGACCCCAACGAUCCUUGCUGUGUGGUGCCGGACUGCAACACCUACCCAACACAUGCACCGCGUCCCACUUCCCCAGGUGGUGUGCCCAUACCGGGUGCCACCUCACCCCUGCCUAUUGUGGUUCCCACACCAGUCCAACAGUCCUUUACAGGCGGUAGUCCUAGCAACGGCAACAUCAACCCACAAUAUGGCGGCACCACUGGAAAUAACAAGGCAUGCGUAUACAAGGGUCAAGUUUACCACCAGGGCCAGACCUGGAAUGAUGGCUGUGACUAUCAGUGUACCUGCUAUGAUGAGGAGAGAGGACAGUACAGGUGUAACAACAGGUGUCCAGUCUACUACAACCUCCCUGCCCAGUGUACGUAUGUUCCUGAUCCACGAGACAGUUGCUGUAAAAAGGCGUCAUGUGACCUCAACCAGACCCCUCCACCCACCACUCCUACCACACCGUUCCACCUGGUGACAGUGCCCGCUGUGUACCCCACAGCUACUGGCACCAAACCUCCAGAUAUGUGUAAGUACAAUGACAACAGUCUACACGCCCAGGGAGCCAAGUGGGAUGAUGGUUGUGACUACAGAUGUACAUGUGUAAACGCCACGUUCAACAUCUACAAAUGUGAUCAAAGAUGUCAAGCCUUCUCUGGUCUGCCUUCAGCCUGUACGUUGGUACAGGAUCCACAAGACCGGUGUUGUAAGAAGCCAGUAUGUUCCACACAGACAGGCAUCAGUCUAACACCUCAGUAUGGAGGCAUCAACGGCUCCGCCACUCCCCCUCCUCACACCUUAAACGUUCUCCCCAUCGGCACACACGACAUCUUCACAGGCUCCAACUGGAACAAGCCAGGCAUUGGACCAGGAUAUACUGGAGGAUCUGAAGGAUUUGGUGUGUGUGUAUACAAGGGAAAAACUUACAAACAAGGCCAGUCUUGGAGUGAUGGAUGCGACUACAGUUGUACUUGUGAGAACUCUCAGAAGGGAGAAUACAAAUGUAUCUCAAGGUGUCCCCAACUGCCGUCGACGUUGCCUAGCUACUGUUCUCAAGUUUCCAUCCCGGGAGAGUGCUGUCCUCGCCUCACCUGUGAUGUGGCUGGCCUCCAGGACCUGUAUCAUGGUGGUUCGGAGGUUCUUCCCACACCUGCCCCUACAGAUAUCUUUGGUAACCUUCAGACACUUCCACCAGGAUACAGUCAACCAUCUCAAGUAAUCAGCGGCACAGGAACAGGAACACAGGGAACCAUUUCUGGACAGAAGCCUGUCAGCUUCCCCAAUGCCUUCCCCAUCUUGCCAGUGCAAUUCUCUCAAGUCACACAGCAAUGUAUCUUCCAGAGCAAGGCUGACGGAUCAUACCAUGUGUACGAUGAGGGAGCGAAGUGGGAGGAUGGCUGCGAUUUCAACUGCGUCUGUAAGGAUGGCAGUAGUGGCUACUACGAAUGUACUCCACUGUGUCCUGUGUACAACAACCUGCCAUCAGGUCGCUGUUACCUUACCAAAAAGGAUGGUGAGUGUUGUGCUACACCUUUGUGCCAGAUGUCCAAUGGUCAGACCAUCAAUCCUCUGACAGAAAAGUCCAACUACACCCUAUAUGGUACCAUCAAUGGAGGCUACACUGGCAUCAGUCCAAAUCAUAAUACCUCCUUCUCUUACUUCACCAACAACUACACCAGUACACAGAAAGAGUGUCUGUACAAGGGACGUUCCUAUCUGCCUGGUCAGCAAUGGAGUGAUGGCUGUGACUUUGUCUGUAACUGCCAUGAUGGAAACCCAGUCCAGUUUGAGUGUCGUCCCAGAUGUCCAAUUUACACGUCCCUUCCGUCCUUCUGUCACAUGGAGAAGGUAGCAGGUCAGUGUUGUGACCAAGUCGUCUGUGACCAGUCCACCUCCUCCUCAUCGUCUCAAACAUCAGGUGGCACUGGUACAGUUCCACCUGGUGCCAUGAGCACCCAGACCAGCAAACCAACCUGUAGUUGGUGUAGGGACCAGAUUGACAACUGUCCAGCUUAUGGCAAGGAGGCCUGCGUAUCCCCCUACAAGGACUGGGCCACCAGGAACUGUGAAAAUUACUGUGGCUUCUGUGACUGUGAUCACACCAAACCACCACCCACCACCCCAACCCAACAACCGUUGUCCUGCCGUGACACGCUGGAUAAUUGUCCAGCCUUCGGCAAGUCUUCCUGCACAGGCAUCUUUGAGAACUGGGCCCGAAUCAACUGUAAAAACUUCUGUAACUACUGUCCUACUGAUGGUGAUAACGACUGUGCGGAUAAGCAGCCUGCAACUUGCCAGAGUCUAAAGGCCACCAUCUGUACCAACCCAUCCUACGUUUCCUAUGCAGAGUCCAACUGUCAAUCAACUUGCGAUCUCUGCGAUCUUGGCACUACAGCACAGCCGGCUACCUGUAUGUACAAGGGAACUAGCUACAUGUCUGGAGAGACAUGGAAGGAUGGAUGUGACAAGAACUGUUCCUGUGACAAUGGAGUUUACAGUUGCAAAGAUUUGUGUCCUAAAUAUGUUGAUCUUCCCCCUAACUGGGUCUUGAAACAUUUUGAGGGUCAGUGCUGUGACAUAAUUGAAAUCGCUCCUCAACAAUUGUGCAAUUACAAAGGCAAAGCCUACCCACAGGAUGCUCAAUGGGAAGAUGGUUGUACAAAGAAGUGCAAGUGUACCGAUGCUGACCAAGGACUUUAUGAGUGUAGAGAUAAGUGUCCAAUCUGGCAACUACCUGACAUUUGUCACUGGGAUCCUCCAGCAGCUGGAAAGUGUUGCAGACAGCCCAGUUGCCCACAACCCUACCAGGUACAAGGGUACCCUGACGAGUAGACACACACACACAAAGUGCAUUUAUUAUUUAUUUCACCUUUUAUAAUUAUGUUACACUGCACUUAAUGAAAUGAAGUUUUGUACAAAGAA